AUGACGCCAAGGAAAUCUUUUCUUGAUGUGGAAGUCACUUAUGUGAUUUAUCCCAAGGAUGGGACUAACAAGACUCAAACGGAUCUUAUAGAAAAGAAGCUGAAGGACUUCGCUGAUCCUUCAACCAUCUACGUAUCUCAGACUAGGACGGUGGGAAUUAACUUCUGGCUUGCGACUUUGCCUCACAAAAAGGCCGAUAUCAUUGCUGUCGAGUUGGCUCACGAGGUAGCUUCGAUAUAUCCACACGCCCCAGAGGAUACUUCCAACCUUUGUCACGAUGCCUUUGAUUGGACUACAACAUUUCGCCAAAUUCUCGACGGCUCCAGUCAUGGGGCUGCUGAUCAUCUUAAGUUUGUUUGUCAACAGCCAGGAACGUCGCUGGAUGACUUACAUGGUUAUUGGUAUGAUGAUGCUGACCCUAUCCCUGGAAACGGUAUUCCGGUCUACAUUGUAGACACGGGUGCAACCCUGGAUCAUAGAGAGUUCGAUGAUAUUCGCGGUGAUAUCGAAUGGCUCCAUGUAGGUGAAGACGUUGGCGGUGGAAGUGCCCGGGAUGACUCAGGCACCGAUCCUACGCAGCAAUUUACCACGGCAAAGGCGCAUGGAACGAGUAUGCUUAGUCUUGUUACCGGUCGGGACGUGGGCGUAUCAAAGCGUGUCAAGCCUUACUUGGUACGAAUGCCUCGCAGACAUAUCCCUACCGGUACCGCUGGAGACAGAUCUGGACACCCCACAAACGAGGAUUGGCUCGAGGCUAUCAGCAAGGUAAACGAUCAUCUAAUUACAAGAAGUAACGAAGCGAAAGCCAUCGCUUUACUCGCGUUUCACAUUCCACGCGAGUCAUUCAUGAGAGAUGGCGAGGAUCACUCGGCUGGUUUUGAUGCCCGAAUGCGGUACCUCUUGAAAGACCUGAUCUGCAAGGGGGUCCUUCCUAUAACAGGAAGUGGAAACUACCUUGAAAAGACCACAGUCGAUGGAUUUCCCGCGAACUACGGACGAAGUGAUUACGAUCCAAUUCCAGAGGUUCUAGUCGUUAGAGGCGUACAUGUUCCCUCGUUUGAAUUGGAUAGUCAAACUGACUUCGACCGAGGACUCCCUCAUGUCUUUGCACCAGGCAGUAAUAUCAAAUGCGCUGAAGGGAAUCGUGCUGUGUGGCAUCAAAUAGAGGAUAAAUGGGAUGGCGUGUACAGGGCAGCCAAAGGAACUUCGUGUGCUGCCGCAAUCACAGCGGGACUUGCCGCUUAUUUCCUAAGGUUGGUCCAAGUUCGUCACUUAAACAUCGACAAGAGCCCCUUAGGUUUGAAGAAUUACAUCAUUUCCGAUGACCUCAUGUGGUCAAGAAAGCCUUCUAAAGAUGGCAAGCCGAUGCCGGCGAUCUGGAACGGCGUAAGAUUUCCUUAAUCGUAUCCAAGGCACUUUGAGGAAC